AUGAGAACCAUCCGAGCAAGCAGGCCACCCGCGGCCGUGUCUCGCCGCUGGACCCCGCGAGCAUUCCCGGCUCGCCCGUCGCUCUCGGCUCGUUUUUUCACCACUUCGCCACGCCGCCUAGACCAGAAGGACCAUGAGAACAAGCUUGCCCAAGAAUUGAAAAAGUUGCAUGAGCUCCGUGGCCGUUUCGACAAGGCCGGAUUUCUAGACAAAUGGCGCUUGCGCCCACAAGUCGACGCACAGGAGGCCCGUGUGAUUGAGCUCCAGAACUAUCUCACUGAAAGUGACCCUGCUAUUCUUCAUGUGGCAGACGCUACCAAUAUGGCGGCUGUCCGUCGUUAUCAGGAGGUUUUGCUGUUUUUGUUGGCGAGCUUUGUCCAGGAGUGUGACGCUUACGCUCAGCUGAAGCUUCAGAACCCAGAAUUGGUGCUUCAGCGGAUUACGGACGAGUUCCAAAAGGAACAUCCUUCGCUUGCGCCGCUCCAAAAGACGGAAAUUGAGCAGGCUUUCGACGUCUUUUACCGCCUUCUGAACUCCAUUGACCAUGCCGCGGACGUUCGUUUCGACAACGAGGAGGUUCAAACCAUAUUCAAGUUGUACGCGAAAAACCACAUCGACAUGGAGAGCGCCGAAAUGGAAUCACUCGCUGCGAAAACUUCUAGCUUGGAACCUGAAUUAAUCCGUACGUGGUUUGACGUUUUCGGUGUCUUUUGGGCCGUACCUUUUGCCAAGGAAGGCGAAGUUAACUCCAACCCUCUUUGUGGCGAAGAAUAUCACCAGUUCAAAGUCUACUCUGAGGAAUUGAACCGCGUGCGGGAGAUGCUCAAAGCCAAAGGUGUAAAUGCGGAGCAGCAAAGUACUAAGAGCGCAGGCAGUAACAAUAGAAGUCUGGACAAACCACGGGUGGAAAAGAAAUCUCUGGAGAAAAAGAACCAGGAUUACAAGUACUUCGACAUUGACAUCACCGGACAAAAUGCUCGUUUGUUUCUUCUCGGGUUGAUGGGUGGUUUAACAUUGGUGCUCUUCUACCUGACUUCGCAGAACGGGAACCACGAGAUUUCUUUCCAGGAAUUCUCUUCUGAUUUCUUGCGCAAGAAUCUCGUGGCACGACUCAUUGUCAUCAACCACCGCACUGCCCUCCUCGAGUUAAAUGAUAAUGGAAAGGCUCAGUAUUCUCAUGGUGGCGAAUAUUAUUUCAGCAUUGGAAGCAUUGAGCUGUUUGAGAGAAAUUUGAGGGAAGUCCAAGAGGAGUACAAGAUUCCGGAUGAACUCAGACUUCCUGUGGUUUAUGUUUCUGAGGGCAGUACCACCAAGAUGUUGGUGAAUUUCCUUCCAACCUUGUUGUUCCUCGGAGCCAUCUAUUACAUGACGAAAAAGGCCAGUAUGGGCGGUAUGGGUGGACCAUUAGGAUUUGGUAAACUGACAGCAAAAAAAUUCAAUCAAGAGACUGACGUCAAGGUCAAGUUUAAAGACGUUGCAGGUAUGAGCGAAGCGAAACAAGAGGUGAUGGAGUUCGUCAAAUUCUUGCAACAACCUGCCAAGUAUGAGAAGUUGGGUGCUAAGAUUCCCCGUGGUGCUAUUUUGUCUGGUCCUCCCGGUACUGGUAAAACUUUGUUGGCCAAAGCCACCGCAGGAGAAGCUGGAGUUCCCUUCUAUUCUGUCUCUGGUUCUGAGUUCGUUGAAAUGUUUGUUGGUGUGGGUGCCUCGCGUGUGCGUGACUUGUUCAAAACUGCCAGAGAAAACGCUCCAUCCAUUGUGUUUGUGGACGAGAUUGAUGCCAUUGGUAAGCAGAGAUCCAAGGGAAAUGCAAGCGGAGCCAACGAUGAGCGUGAAACUACUUUGAACCAGUUGUUGGUUGAAAUGGAUGGUUUUGAUAGCACAGACCACGUUGUCGUCUUAGCAGGUACAAACAGAGCGGACAUUUUGGAUAAGGCCUUAAUGAGACCAGGAAGAUUUGACAGGCACAUUGCUAUUGACAAUCCUGAAUUGCAAGGUCGUAAGGAGAUUUUCGAGGUUCACUUGAAGAAAAUCAAGUUAGCAGAAAACAUCGACAAAGACUUAUCUGGUCGUUUGGCUGCCUUGACUCCCGGAUUUUCUGGAGCCGACAUUGCCAAUGUGUGCAAUGAAUCAGCGUUAAUUGCUGCGCGGUAUAAUGCAAAAGCUGUUACUUUAAGACACUUUGAAUUGGCCAUCGAAAGAGUCAUUGGAGGUGUUGAGAAGAAAUCGAAACUUUUGGACCCAGAAGAAAAGAAGAUUGUCGCAUACCACGAGGCUGGCCACGCCGUCUGUGGCUGGUUCUUGCGUUACGCGCAUCCUUUGCUUAAGGUGUCGAUCAUUCCAAGAGGCCAAGGCGCUUUGGGAUAUGCGCAAUAUUUGCCACCAGACCAGUAUCUUUUUACUGUGUUGCAACUCUACGACCGGAUGAUCAUGACUUUGGGUGGCAGAGUGUCCGAAGAGCUCAACUUUGCUUCUGUCACUAGUGGAGCACACGAUGAUUUCAAAAAAGUCACCAACAUUGCCCAAUCGAUGGUGUUGCGCUUCGGCAUGUCCAAAAGAGUUGGAAUGGUGAACUACGCUGACACUCAAAGCCAAGACAACUUGACUAAGCCAUUCAGUGACCAGACCAAUAAGAUCAUUGACGAGGAAGUCGAAAGAAUCGUCAAAGAAUGUUACGAUAGGUGCAAGCAAUUGUUGUCGGAGAAAUCACAAGAGGUGGAGCUUGUUGCCCAAGAAUUGUUGAAGAAGGAGUUUAUUACUAGAGAGGACAUGAUACGUUUGUUGGGCAAGAGACCGUUCCCAGAGACAAACGAUGCAUUUGACAAAUAUCUUGAUGGCAACGACGCUUUCAAGAAUGAGCAGCCUCCUGAAGAGAAGAAGGAUGACGCAUGA